AUGCCGCCGGUGUCAUCGUGGCUGCUAUCGCUGGUGACUACUAUGACGUUGGUGACGGCGGCCGACGCCUACAAGAAUCGGACCAUGCACAAGUGGGUGAUAAACAGCGCGAACCUGGCGUGGCAGAGCGCGGUGGAAGCCGAGGCGGCCCUCGAAAGCGGCCGGUUUCGCCGGGAGAAUAUCAUGAUCUCCCGGUUUCAGAUGAUGGACUCGGGCGACGCGGUCACCACAUUCCUGGUGAUGCCCAAUCUAGCCAUGGGCGUGCCGUUCACGCUCGGCAAGGUGGAACUGGCACACGGCGUCAACAAUCUUUUCCCGCAAAUAGCGCCUUUCCCGCAUUGGGACGCGUACAACGAAGACUGGACUAAGUCGCUGAUCGUCAACGUGGUCGACGUGUACGUGGACGUCAAAGGCGUGCUGUGGGCGUUAGACGUGGGCGACGUAGAGACGAAAACGUUCGUCAAGCAUGUCUCACCGCCCAAAAUUUUAGCCAUGGACCCGCAGACGAGUCAGAUAAAACGGGUGGCGAGCAUGGCGAGUGUGAUGCACGCAUCCAGCUUUUAUCAGUACAUAGUGGCGCUGUACACGGACUCGGACGACUUAAUGGUAUUCGUCAGCGACCCAGGCACCAACCACGUGGUGGUGUAUGUGUACGACUGUGACCGGUUUUUCGAGAUCAUCCUGUCGCCGGAUAUCUACAUGCCGGGCAAACGGGACAUAUUGUACAUGGCGCCGUUGAUGUUGCGCCGCGGCACCCGGCUGUUGUUGACGUACCACGACGGCUGGAACAUGUACAAAGUGCAGGCGGAUAUCAUGGACAAGACGUCGGACACGGCCAUGUUGAGCGUGAUCGGCGAGAAACCGUGCAACAUGGUGCUGUUGGGCACGGACCGUGGUAGCGUGUUGUUCUUCCGCAUGGAGAACACCAACGACGUGUGGUCGUGGGACGGCAACACGCCGCUGGACUCGGACAAUUUCAACUUGGUGCACUUGGGCACGACGUGCCGGGUGCCGGUGGUCGUGUGCAGUUCCCGGGGGCUUAUGUGGGUGAUGGAGACCAAUUUCGUCGACUACUUCGAAGGCACCAACGACCGGAUGGGCGCCAACGCCAAACUGCAACUGCUCCAGAAACCUACGCCGCCGUUGCGCGUGCAGCCGCGAGGGAAACGUGACUCGUGCCGCCGGUCGUGA